UCCUCCUACGUGCGCGCGCCGACGCGAGCGGUGAUGUGACGUUGGCGGGCGCGCGCAGCGUGGCUCCCGGAAAGGAGCGGAACCUCCAGGAAGCUGGUGCCGGGAUGCGGUGCCCUAGUGGCCGCCCGCCCCCCCGGAGCCGCGGCCCGCCCAGCAGAGGGGCUCUGACUCCAUGAAGAUCCCAGCUCUGAUUCUGUCAUCGUGGAUGACAAGAACUGACUUCCACAACAUUGCCUGGACCUUGGCCUUUCAGCAUGGGGAGGAUUGGCAUUUCCUGUCUCUUUCCUGCUUCUUGGCAUUUUAGCAUCUCUCCAGUGGGCUGUCCUCGAAUUCUGAACACCAACUUACGACAAAUCAUUGUCAUUAGCAUACUGGCUGCAGCUGUCUCCCUUUUAUACUUUUCUGUUGUCAUAAUCCGCAGCAAGUAUGGGUGGCUGUCGAGGGACAAGAAAUUUCAAAGGUACUUGGCCCGAGUCACAGACGUUGAGGCUACGGACACCAACAACCCCAACGUGAACUAUGGCAUUGUGGUGGACUGCGGCAGCAGUGGGUCCCGGAUAUUUGUCUAUUGCUGGCCUCGGCACAACGGCAAUCCUCAUGACCUGCUGGACAUCAGACAGAUGAGAGACAAGAACCGAAAGCCGGUGGUGAUGAAAAUUAAACCCGGCAUCUCAGAGUUUGCUACCUCUCCAGAAAAAGUCAGCGAUUACAUUUUUCCACUUUUGAGCUUUGCUGCAGAACACGUGCCACGGGCAAAACACAAAGAGACUCCUCUUUACAUUCUCUGCACUGCUGGAAUGAGGGUCCUUCCUGAAAGCCAGCAGAAAGCAAUUCUGGAGGACCUCCUGACUGAUAUCCCUGUGCACUUUGACUUCCUGUUUUCUGACUCCCAUGCUGAAGUCAUCUCAGGAAAACAAGAAGGUGUAUUUGCUUGGAUCGGCAUUAAUUUUGUCCUCGGGCGGUUUGAGCAUAUUGAAGAGGAUGAUGAGGCGGUUGUGGAAGUCAACAUUCCUGGUAGUGAGAGCAGUGAGGCCAUCGUCCGGAAAAGAACAGCUGGUAUUCUUGACAUGGGAGGCGUGUCUACUCAGAUAGCGUACGAAGUCCCCAAAACUGUAAGCUUUGCCUCCUCACAGCAGGAGGAAGUAGCUAAAAACCUGUUAGCUGAAUUCAACCUGGGCUGUGAUGUCCACCAGACUGAGCACGUGUACCGAGUCUACGUGGCCACGUUUCUUGGGUUUGGUGGUAAUGCUGCUCGACAGAGAUAUGAAGACAGACUGUUUGCUAGCACGGUACAGAAAAACAGGCUCCUGGGUAAACAGACUGGUCUGACUCCCGAUGCUCCAUUCCUGGACCCCUGCUUACCUCUGGACAUUAAAGACGAGAUCCAGCAGAAUGGGCAGACCCUGUACCUUCGGGGAACGGGAGACUUCGACCUGUGUCGAGAGACCCUCCAGCCUUUCAUGAACAAAACCAACGAGACACAGACUUCCCUGAAUGGAGUCUACCAGCCCGCCAUCCACUUCCAGAACAGUGAAUUCUAUGGCUUCUCCGAAUUCUACUAUUGCACCGAGGAUGUCUUGAGAAUGGGAGGAGACUACAAUGCUGCUAAAUUUACUAAAGCUGCCAAGGAUUACUGCGCAACAAAGUGGUCGAUCUUGCGGGAGCGCUUUGACCAAGGACUGUAUGCCUCUCACGCUGACCUCCAUCGACUUAAGUAUCAGUGUUUCAAAUCAGCCUGGAUGUACGAGGUGUUCCACAGGGGCUUCUCCUUUCCUGUCACGUACAAAAACCUGAAGACAGCCUUGCAGGUGUAUGACAAGGAAGUGCAGUGGACGCUGGGGGCCAUCCUCUACAGGACCCGCUUUCUGCCCUUGAGAGACAUCCGGCAGGAGGUGUUCCGAGCUGGCCAUGCACACUGGCGGGGUGUGUCCUUUGUCUACAACCACUAUCUGUUCUCUGGCUGCUUCUUGGUCGUCCUUCUGUCCAUCCUUCUCUACCUGCUGAGGCUGCGACGCAUCCAUCGCAGGGCGCCCCGCACUGGCUCUCUGUGGAUGGAGGAAGGCCUGCCCUCCCCCCAGAAGGGCCCUGGGCCCUUGUGACAACUGUAUCUGUUGGCUUGAGGAAGACGCUACAGGAAAAGCCAUUUUUGCCUCAGGGUUUCUCGUAUGCUUGGAUGGUUUUGUUUGUCUCCUUCCUUUCUGUUAUGAUAAAACCCACUGACUGUAAACCCUACUGUCUAGAGGUAUUGCCAUUUUGAAAACAGCUUUAAAUGGGAGAGUGGAAAAAGGGAAUUCACUCAAUUUGUGCUGCGUAGCAUCUGCCACAAAUUAGUAAGGUUUUUGGUUUUCUUUAGCACAUGCUGCAUUUUCAGCACAUGCACUUGGAUAGUGGGGGGGUCAGGGGACAAAGGCCAAGUUCCCAUCAAUGUAGGUGGGGCCAGUGGUCCUGGGUUAGAACCAAGAAGUGAGUUAGAUCUUCUCUCUCCUCUCCAAAAACCUCCAGCCUAGAAGGAGGUAUUUGAUUUUGUUUACUGCUCGGGUCUGUCACCAUCUAUGCUUUCUUUGAAGAUUUAAGAAUUUAGUCAUUCAUAGCAAAAAUUGACAAAAUGUUGGCAAGGGAGGUAAUACUGAAGAGUCGUGAGUGUUAAUAACUACUGAGGAGAGCCUUGUCUUGCUAAAGCACAGACCUGUAAAUUAGCUGUUCUUGUUUCUGUGUUCAGAAGCUCCGUUGCCCUCUUGCAGCAGCAUUAGGGUUUUUGUGUAUUUAUUUGUUUUGUUUGCUUUUAAGCCAGAAAGUUUUCAAAGUUUGCUGGUUCAUGGUCUGAGGACUGGAGUGUCCCCCGCAGGCGCCCCAGCACCUCUGGGAAACAGAGCUGUGCCGUUCGACUGCUCCAGUCCCGUCCACUUCCGGUUGGCACCACGCUGUUCAGAUCUCUUCAGUGUUUUCCUUCAGAACACCCUCCACACUGCUUGACAGUUCUUGUUGUCACCUCUGGGGUUGCAGGUGUUGUUGGCAAUGCCACUGUAAGCCCACACCAUGAAAGAGCCUGAACUUAGCAUAAGAAAUAAAUGCACAUGUUGAAAACAAA